AUGGCAGAUCAAGUCUUGAACAAUCAACAAUCCGACGAGGACCCAGAGAUGGUUCUCAAGGACAAUGAUUGUAAGCGGCCUCGCACAACUUCUAUUGGUCUUGCUGUUGCAGAUGGUUGCAAUGAAUUUGUGCAAGGAGGUGGUGAAGGAAACCAUCAAACUCUGUUCUGUGCCGUUUGUGGCUGUCACAUAAGUUCUCAUCAAAAGGUGACUACUUAUGAGGGGGAUUCCUCUCUCUGUGUCCCCCAUUCUCCUCUUAUUCCAUCUCUUCCAUCAGUGUUCUCCUAUGAUGCAGGAUCCAACCCAUCAAUGUAUGGAGCAACAAACGAAAUGCUUUAUGCUAGUCCAUUUUUUUCAAACUUCCCCAUGCCACCUCCGCUUCCUUAUCUGCCACCUCCUUAUUCACCACUGCUGCCUCCUUAUUCGCCACCUCCGCCUCCGCCACCACCUCCUCAUUUGCCACCCCCAACUCCACCCUCUCAUUUUUCAUUUCUGCCUCCACAUCCUCAUUCGCCGCCUCCGCCUUUGCCCCCUUAUUCCCCGCCUUUGUCUCCACCUCCGCCUUCAUCACCUCCUCCUCCUUCUCCUUAG